AUGAUGCGGGACGACAUGAACGGCGUGUGGCAAGUUAUUCGCAAGAAGAUUGAUUCGGGUAAUUUCCCCAUCGAUGCUUCUGCGCUCUACGUCGUCUUAACGAGUCCAGACGUGCGAUUGGGCGACAGUUCCCAAGGCUUCUGCGGGCCGCAGGGGUACUGCGGGUGGCAUUCUACAGCGUCGAACGGGCGGAGCGAGCUGAAAGUGAUCCACGUGGGGAACGGGGGGCAGCAAUGUCCGCGGUAUUGCGUGCCUUCAUACAACACACGGUCAUCUCCAAACAGCCAUCCAGGUGUGGAUGGGCUGAUAAACACUUUAGCCCAUGAGAUGGCUGAGACGGCCACCAACCCCCUUAUAGACAAUGGCUGGUUCGAUAUAAGCACCUUGGAAGAGAUUGCGGACAAGUGUGCACGACUGUAUGGACAGAAGGGCAAGGAUGUGGUUGUAUCGCAACAGGGAUACGCUUAUAACGUGCUUGGAAAAGCAGGGUCACGCUAUCUUUUACAACAGCCCCCAGCUUCAACUCGGCCCUCUCUGCCCCGCCCCUCCUUCCCAUGUGCUGACAUGCAGCUGUGGAGCCGCGCUUCUCCCCAAAAGUGUGUUGUGCUGGGUCCAGCCUGA